UUGCUCUCUGUUUUAUCGUCGUGUUGUCUCUUGUUUAUCUCUCUUCUUUCUCUCUCUUCUUCCUCCGAAGCUCAGCUCCAGCUAGGAGGGUCCACGAUGGAGUUUUUCGAUCUCACCGUCACAAUUUCUCAACGCUCUUUCAACUUUCAACUUUCACCUUGACGCGAAAAAGGAACCCUAUAUCUUCUUCAACAAAACCACUUUCGGUUAAGUUUUUUGAUUCUGAUUCUUGUUCGCGAUAUUUUUUUUGUUAGCGUGUAUCGGGGAAAAUAGGAAUUUUAGGGUUUUGUGGAAAACUUAAGAAAGCGGAUUACGACGUCGUUUCAAGAUGCCGGGACGUCGGUCGAAGUCGGAGAAGAAAGAUGACGGCGAUAAACAGCUCCGGCGAGAUCCUUAUGAGGUCCUUGGUGUCUCCCGUAACUCAACCGAUCAGGAAAUCAAAUCCGCUUACCGGAAAAUGGCUCUUAAGUUCCAUCCUGACAAGAAUGCUAAUGAUCCUAAAGCAGCUGAUACGUUCAAAGAGGUUACCUUUUCUUAUAAUAUCUUGUCAGAUCCCGACAAACGGCGUCAGUAUGACUCAGCUGGCUUUGAGGCGGUUGAAUCCGAUAGCCAAGAGUUAGAGUUGGAUCUUUCAAGUUUGGGUGCUGUCAAUACCAUGUUUGCUGCACUUUUUAGCAAACUUGGUGUACCGAUUAAGACAACUGUAUCUGCGACUAUUUUGGAAGAGGCACUCAAUGGCUUAGUAACCAUUCGUCCACUUACACUGGGACAGUUCAUAUCUAAAAGGGUUGAGAAGCAAUGUGCACAUUUCUAUUCAGUUACAAUUACAGAAGAGGAAGCAAGAGCUGGAUUUGUUUGUCGAGUGCAAUCAUCAGACAAAAGCAAGUUCAAGUUAUUAUAUUUUGACCAGGAAGACAAUGGUGGCUUAAGUCUUGCACUCCAGGAAGACAGUGCAAAAACAGGGAAGGUUACCUCUGCUGGAAUGUAUUUUCUUGGGUUUCCUGUUUAUCGGUUAGAUCAAACAAUGAACUCCAUAGCUGCUGCUAAGGAUCCGGAUACAUCAUUUUUCAGAAAGCUUGAUGGGUUCCAGCCCUGUGAAUUAACUGAAUUGAAGGCUGGUACCCAUGUAUUUGCAGUUUAUGGUGACAACUUUUUCAAAAGUGCAAACUAUACAAUAGAAGCCCUGUGUGCUGCACCUUUUAGCGAAGAGAAAGAUAAUUUAAGAAACGUAGAAACUCAAAUUUUGUCUAAAAGAGCUGAAAUAUCAAAGUUUGAAGCAGAAUAUCGAGAGGUACUGGCACAAUUCACAGAAAUGACAAGCAGAUAUGCACACGAAAUGCAAACAAUUGACGAGCUAUUGAAACAAAGAAAUGAAAUACACGCCUCGUACUCUGUUGUCCCUUUAAAGAGGAGUUGUAGCAGCAAGAGUAGAUGUAAAACAUCUUCGAAGGAGUCAAAAGAAGAUGGCGAAGCAAGAGAAAAGAGGAAUACAAGGGAACGGACAAAGAAGAAGAAAUGGUUUAACCUCCACUUAAGAGUUGAUAAGAGAAAGGCUUGCUAAGCUAUUGAACAAGCUAAAAGGAAGGCUUUGGCAAAGCAACAAAACAACCAAAUUUAGUUUGGAAGGUUUUAUUUAUAUGUAUGCCAUUCAAGCAUGUCAAGGAUGACAACAACUCAUUGUUCUCAUUGUUUUUUGUAUAAUCCCUUCCCCCUUUCCUUUUAUUUUGUCUCUAAAUAGCUCUCAUCUUCAGGAUUCGUACUUGUAAAUUGUCUGAUUUAUUGAUGAAGCAUUAUAAAUUCUCUAAGCGGGUUGUGGGUUGUAAUUUUGUUUAGAAGUAGUGACAAAGCAUUGGAAGACAGAGCCUGGUAAUUUCUUGUUCAAUACUCAAUAAUAAUAAUCUCAAAUGUUGGCCUAAAUAGCCUUUUAUUUUAUUUUAA